GGGAAAAGGAUUCCUCACAUGAUUAGUAGGCAAUAUGUGAGUCAAGGUGGAUCCAUUCUCCUCUGGUUUCACUUUUCUGCGUGUUCUUCUCACUGUGACUGCCAGGACUGUGAAGGGUGAUGAGGCAGAGCAAUCAGUCCUCUCUGGCCGACUUCAUCCUCGAAGGGCUCUUUGAUGACUCCCUCACCCAUGUCUUUCUUUUCUCCUUGACUAUGGUGGUUGCCUUUGCUGCUGUGAGUGGCAACUCCCUGACCAUCUUCCUCAUCUGUGCUGACCCCCGGCUGCACACCCCCAUGUACUUCCUGCUCAGCCAGCUCUCCCUCAUGGACCUGAUGUUCCUCACCACCACCGUCCCCAAGAUGGCUACCAACUACCUGUCGGGCAAGAAGUCCAUCUCCUUUGUGGGCUGUGCUACCCAGCACUUCCUCUACUUGGCAGUGGGAGGAGCUGAGUGUGUUCUCCUGACUCUCAUGUCCUAUGACCGUUAUGUUGCCAUCUGUCACCCACUGCAUUAUGCGGUUAUCAUGAGCAGGAGGGUGGCUCUUUUGAUGGCUGUCAUGUCAUGGCUGGGAGCAUCCGUGAACUCAUUAAUUCACACUGUGAUCUUGAUGCACUUCCCUUUCUGUGGGUCUCGAACAAUCCACCACUUCUACUGUGAGUUUCCAGCUAUUCUGAAAUCAGUCUGUGGAGACAUCACUGUUUAUGAGAAGACGGUUUACAUCAGCACCGUUCUGGUUCUUGUCUUCCCUAUCCUCUUGGUUUCUACCUCCUAUGGCUUCAUCCUCCACAGCAUCAUUCAGAUGCGAUCUGCUGGGAGUAAGAGAAAUGCCUUUGCUACUUGUAGCUCUCACCUGACUGUGGUUUCUCUCUGGUUUGGUGCCUGCAUCUUCUCAUAUAUGAGACCGAGGACCCAGCGCACUCCACUGCAAGACAAGGUCGGUUCCGUGUUCUAUAGCAUCAUCACCCCUACUCUGAAUCCUCUGAUUUAUACUCUCCGCAAUAAGGAUGUAGCUAAGGCACUGCAGAAAGUCCUAGGGAGAGAUGUUGUCACUCAAAGACGAUGACUGUCGUAUCUGAGAGCAAGCCUAAAGUGGGACACAUGGGUACAUAUGCGUUCACAUCCCUGCACACAAUUCUGUGUAUAGACUCGCCAGCGUGCACACACAUCCCUGCAUGCAGUCCUGAGUAUAGACAUGCCAGCAUGCACACACUCACAUCUCUGCACACAAUAUU